AAAAAGCGAAAGGAAUAAUGCUAAAAGGAAAGAAAGAAGGCCAUUAGCACAGCGAGGACAGAAUCCGGCUGCUCCUUCUUCUUCUUCUGCAAGAAGCCAUCGGCCGCCUAUCUCGCCGCUGUCGUUCGCCUUCUAAACCAGAGGCUGGAAACCGCGAGGAGAAACAGGAUUCAUGGAGGGAGGUGGCGCAGGAAAAGGUUUGGAUGGUCCGAAGACGCCGGAUUUGAAUGGAAAUGGGGAGAAGGACUCCUUGGAGAAUCUCCCUCCUUGCUGCAAGAAAGCGCGGGCAGCGGUUGCCGAGUCCGAAGCUAGAUGCCAUGCCACCGUGGUUUCUGGCUGGUUCUCAAAAUCUCGGUCGAGCUCUGGUGAAGCCGGAAAUUUCUCAUACUACAACAACCCUAUGUGGCCUGGAGAAGCUCACUCCUUGAAGGUAGAACAGGUCUUAUAUCAGGGGAAAUCAGAAUACCAAGAGAUCCUGGUUUUUGAGUCCUCUGUUUAUGGAAAAGUACUCGUGCUCGAUGGCAUUGUGCAGCUAACGGAUAAAGAUGAAUGCGCCUACCAAGAGAUGAUUGCCCAUCUUCCUCUUUGUUCGAUUCCAUCCCCCAAAACUGUCUUGGUCAUAGGGGGUGGUGACGGUGGAGUGCUUCGGGAAAUUUCUCGACAUAGUUCUGUGGAGCGCAUAGACAUAUGUGAAAUUGAUCAGCUGGUCAUAGAUGUUUGCAAGAAGUUCUUCCCAGAUUUAUCUGUUGGAUUUGAGGACCCUCGUGUUCAACUACAUAUUGGUGAUGCGGUUGAAUUCUUGCGAAAUGUUCCUGAAGGGAUGUAUGAUGCAGUUAUUGUCGACUCAUCAGACCCAAUUGGGCCAGCUCAAGAGCUUGUUGAAAAGCCAUUUUUUGAGACAAUUGCAAGGGCUCUUAGGCCUGGUGGUGUCCUUUGUAACCAAGCAGAGAGCAUGUGGCUUCAUACACAUCUGAUUCAGGAUAUGCUCUCUAUCUGUCGUGCGACCUUCAAGGGUUCUGUCCAUUAUGCCUGGACAAGUGUUCCUACGUAUCCUAGUGGAGUGAUUGGAUUUUUGUUAUGCUCAACGGAUGGCCCACCUGUCAAUUUCUUGAAUCCCAUAAACCCAAUCGAGAAGCAGGAAGAGGCAUUCAAAGGAAAAAGGAAGAUCAGAUUCUAUAAUUCAGAGAUACAUAAGGCUGCAUUUGUGUUGCCAUCAUUUGCAAAGAGAGAGUUGAGCUCCUUCUAUGGUUCACCAAUGGUUCAACCAACACAGACAAAUUAUGUAUUGGAGACGGAUGCAGACAAGGAAAAUUCUUCUCCUCAGACCUCUCUUAAUGGGGCUAAAUGAUUCUAUCACAAUAUGGACAACAGGAAAGUUAAAGAUUGAAGUUUGCUGAAUAAAAAACUUGUAGAAGUGAUGCAGGGCGUAUUGCAUGAUGUUGUAUCCGACAAGCAGUUGGUUUGGGAAGCAUAUGGAAACGUUUGGACUACUGGUUCUAUGGUGUACAAUUAAUUUUGAUCAUUGGCUAGCCAAUAGUAAAUAAAAUGAGGCCAUAUUGUGUGCGAGUGUGAUA